AUGACCGUACCAAAGAUCGCUGUCAUCUACUACUCUCUCUACGGCCACGUCGCCAAGCUGGCCAAUACAGCCGCAGAGGGCGUCAAAGCUAAAGGUGGAGAAGCAACUAUCUACCAAUUCCAGGAAACCCUCUCCGAUGAGGUGCUCGCUAAAAUGUCUGCUGCUCCAAAAGAAAAUCACCCCGUUAUUACUCCUAACGACCUCAAGCAAUACGACGGCUUCAUCUUCUGCAUCCCUACACGUUAUGGUCGUGCCGUCGCUCAGGUUUCUGCAUUCUUCGAUAUGACUGGUGGUUUAUGGGCGUCCCAAGCACUCAAUGGCAAGAUGGCGACUAUCAUUGUAUCCACUGGAACUCAGCACG